AUGCACUGGCACCCACAGACACCCACUGAAUUCCUCCGACACAAGUAUUUGCCCACUCACACAAACACCUACUCAAACACAUCCAUCACCUCCUCUGAAAGCCCACUCAUCCACCGACUCACUCCCACUCACUCAGAUUCAACAGCCACAGCCUCCUACGGCACACAAACCCCCUACAUACGACCACGGACCCCCGCCUCGGGCUUUCAGCACGAUCAGCAUGACGUCAGCUGCGUCAGCAAUCAUCCACUGGGGUGUGCCUGUGUGUGGGCGGGAGCAGUGCGAGGAGGAGGAUGUUAG